AUGGAGACCUCGCUGAAGAGUGACCUCCGCGAGAAGCAACUACAAGAAGAGUGGUUUCGAGGCUUUCUGCUCAAGGUGCGGGGCGAUGCCGGGGAUGCCAGCGGCUCUGAGCAGGGACCAUCUUCUGAGGCAGAGCAGAGGGCGCUCCUCGCCGGUGCCCGAAAUCGCUGGACGCAGGCGUGCGCGAGAGCCGGCAAACAGAAGUCUGAGACGGAGGCACC